UGUAUGCUUCAAAGACAGAAGCAGGUAUGGCAGUAACAACCACUUGCAUACAACUCACCUUUCUUUUUAAAGAUUUAUUUUUAUUUUAUGUGUACAAAUGUUUGUCUGCAUGUUUGUAUGUGCACCAUAUGCACCCAGUAUGAGCAGAGGCCAAAAGAGGGUAUCAAAUCCUCCGGAACUGUAGUUACAGGUGUUGUGAGCGGCUAAGUGGGUGAUGGGAAAUUGAACAAGAGUCCUCUGCAAAAGUAGUUAAGUGCUCUUAGCCACCGAGCCAUCUCUUCAAUCCCCACAUCACCUUUAACUCAAUAUUUGUUUACUGUCUUCUAAUAUCCUUUCUACACCCUCCCACCACCCACUUUUUUUCCCAGGGGGUAACCCCACAACAAUGUACUUAUUACGCUGCACGCCAAAAACGCUGACUCAGGAAGUCAGGUCUCACGUGGUAGGGCCAGCUAGUCGCUCCCAGAAACGUCAUAUCCUGUAGGAACCCAACACACGCCUCCAGAGGUGAAGGCCUCUGUGAGAGGGCGGGGUCCUAGCACGCGGGUGGAGCCUCGGUGGGGCGGAGCCUGUGGGGGCGGGACGAGGCCCGAGCGGGCCGCUCUCUCCCGCAUCUGCAUCUGCUGGCCCAGCCGCCGCCGCUUGUGCGGAGCUCUGUGGCAGCGGAAGCAGGAAAAGACCUGCUAUCAAGGAAGACCACACAGGACCAGGACCUUCUCAUGGAUACUUUUCAGGACAUUCCAACAGCACAAGCAAGGGUAUUCCUCUAAGACACAAGGGGCCUGUGAACACUAUCCUUUGAAGUGACAUGGUGGUCAAGAGAAGCAGAAGUAACUCCCAGCAGUUGCCUGGCCUGGGAGGACAGGGUGGUUGUACAGGUCUCCUAGGUAUGCUCGGAGCUGCCCUACUGGUCAUCAGCCUGCCAUGGGGGGGCCAAGUGAUGGCCAGUGCCAACCUCAGUACUGCUCUGGGCCACACUAUGCCACUAACAGGUGGUCACUAUCUGAGCAUUGGAGAUGGCUCAGUGACAGAGUUUGAGUUCCCUGAAAAGAGUGAGGGUAUUAUUGUGAUCUCUAGCCAGUACUCAGGACAGGCCAAUGGGACAGGCCCUAGCCCCACACUGAGGGUUAUAUCCCUGGACACAGAGGUACUGAUCAUCAAGAAUGUGAGUGCCAUAACCUGGGGCAGUGGGGGUGGCUUUGUGGUGAGCAUCCACUCAGGUCUGGCUGGGCUGGCUCCACUCCACCUCCAGCUCAUGGACCUCCAUGAGGCCCCACCCUUGUUGAUUGAAGAACGAAGGGAUUUCUGCAUCAAAGUGUCACCUGCUGAAGACAUCCCUUCUACCCUCAAUCCCAACUUGAGCCACUUCUCAGAGAACCCAAUCCUCUACCUGCUCCUGCCUCUUAUCUUUGUCAAUAAGUGUUCGUUUGGGUGCAAAGUGGAACUUGAAGUUUUGAAGGAGCUCCUACAGAGCCCCCAACCCAUGCUGUUAGGCCUCUUGGGCCAAUUUCUGGUCAUGCCCUUCUAUGCUUUCCUGAUGGCCAAAGUAUUCAUGCUACCCAAGGCCUUGGCUCUGGGCCUCAUCAUUACCUGCUCAUCACCUGGCGGUGGGGGGAGCUACCUCUUCAGUCUCCUCCUUGGAGGAGAUGUCACCCUGGCCAUCUCUAUGACUUUCAUCUCAACAGUAGCUGCCACAGGUUUCUUGCCACUCUCAUCAGCCAUCUACAGCCACUUUCUCAGCAUCCAUGAAACACUCCACGUGCCCAUCUCCAAGAUACUGGGGACCUUGCUGUUCAUUGCCAUCCCCAUAGCAGCAGGUGUGGUGAUCAAGUCUAAGCUUCCCAAGUUCUCAGAGCUGCUGCUACAGGUCAUCAAGCCCUUCAGCUUUGUACUUCUCCUUGGUGGCCUAUUCCUAGCCUACCACAUGGGGGUCUUCAUCUUAGUGGGAGUCAGGUUACCCAUCAUAUUGGUGGGCUUCACAGUGCCCCUGGUUGGCCUCUUGGUGGGCUAUAGCCUGGCCAUGUGCCUAAAGCUGCCAGUGGCCCAGCGGCGGACAGUCAGCAUUGAGGUAGGGGUGCAAAACAGCCUGCUAGCCUUAGCCAUGCUGCAGCUGUCUCUGCGCCGCCUUCAAGCAGACUAUGCCUCUCAGGCCCCCUUCAUUGUGGCACUGAGUGGUACCUCUGAGAUGCUGGCUUUGGUUAUUGGCCAGUUCAUCUACAGCAGCUUGUUUCCUGUUCCCUGAGGACCCUGGAUCAAGUUUUAUAACCCCAGCCCCCAUACUCCAUCCACUGUCCCCACAGUUCUUAUGUACCAAAGGCCUUUAGUUCUCAUGCACUAUGCACUCAAACAAAUCCAGGCUUAUUUUUUUUUUUUACUCUUUUUUCCCCCAGCUUUCAGUGCCAAAGAGGCCAUGCUGAGUUAGAAAUAUAUUUCAAUAAAAGACAAAAGCAA